CAAAGAUCGGUACCUUGUGACGCAAGCGCCGCUGGAGCACCGCGUUGUUGCUUGCCCGUCUCGAGCCGCCGCCCCGACCGUCCAGCAACGAUCCAUCGACGUGAGCCACCCCGCCGCCCUUUUCACGAUAGACGCACCCACCUCGACACUACCGACCUUCCGACACCGCCAUGCAGUGGGCAGCCACGACAACGUUGAAGCCGGCCGCGCGAAACUAUGGCACGCUGCAGCCCAUUCCAGAAGAAGACCAUGAACUGUCCCCGAUGCUUCGAGCAAACUACACGAGUCCCGCCUUGCGAAAAACGUCGUUCCGUCGUCAUGACUCGAUGCCAUAUGCGGCAAAGAACGGGUCGACCACGUUGAAUCCGCGAGCGCUCGUGUAUGUGAUCUCGGUCCCAGCUGUGCUGUUCCUCUUUUUCAUGUUUAUCUUUAUCUUGCGCGCGAACGCCCCGAUCCCGGACAUCCUCUGGCGCGACUGCUCGUUGCAGCCAUGGCAAGACUCGGAAGCAUGCGAUCCGUCGCAAGCUUUGGCGUACCGCGCCUCCUCCAUCGUGGCCAACCUCACAUGGGAAGAAAAGCUGGCGCAAUGCCGAGUCGUGCAGAACAGUCUGCCGCACGUGAACUUGACUACGUUCAACUACUGCCAGGAAGCCAAGUUCAAGCAACUCCUGCAGGUGCAUCCCGUGGAAUUCUCCCCGAUUGACAUGACCACGUCGUGCGAGCGCUACUACCUACGUGGUCCACGACCCGCACCGCGCACGCUGAACGCCACGGAGUGCAAAGCAGCUCUGAACGACUUGAUCGGGAACGGUGUACUGCUUUCGUGGUCGAGCAACGACGUCGCGACUUGCAGCGCUUUCCACUACACGUCGACGGAGGUGUCGACACUGAACGACGUGCUCAUGCGGCUCCUCGCUGGCCGCAUCCUCGCCGACGAAACCCAGGAAGUCACGGCGGACGGCAUUGAGCUCGGUGCCCCCGAGGACUUUCACGCCGGGCCAACAAACUCCCAGAGCAGUGUAAAGCUAUAAUUGCAGUUUAACUUAUGGAGCACGCGGCGGCGGCGGCGAAGAGUCCAAGCGGGUCGGCCGAGCCAGCGACAUUGCGUCCACGUUCUGGAAGAG